GGAUAAUAUUGCUGUGAUGUAUGAUGGCACAUGGCAUAAACGCGGCCAUAAAAGCCACAACGGCAUUGGGACAGUUGUUUCCCUGGACACCGGCCUUUGCCUGGACUUCGAGGUCCUUUCGAACUACUGCCUUGCCUGCAGCCGGCACAGGGUCCUGCCAGAUGAGGAAGAAGUCUGGCAGGCAUUUCAUGGCCCUGUGUGUGAAAAGAAUGUAGACUGUUCGUCCCAUGCUAUGGAGACAGAAGCAGCAGUGCGUAUAUGGCAGAGGAGCCGAUCUUACGACACACCACUGUAUUUCAGAAAGUUUCUUAGCGACGGGGACUCGAAAGCCUAUGCAGCAGUGGUAGAGGCCAAUGUUUACAGUGGUGUCCUUAUUGAAAAAGAAGAUUGCACUAAUCACGUGGCAAAGCGCCUCGGAACCGCUCUCCGGAAGCUAAAAGAACCCCUGCCAAGAGGAGAGAAACUGAAGGAGCCUGCUAUCCUAAAGCUGCAGACCUACUAUCAGGUUGCUAUUACUAGCAACAGGGGCAGCGUGAAAGGAAUGUAUAGAGCAAUUUGGGCCUCAUAUUUUCAUUCAUGCUCAUCCGAUGGUGCUAGCAGCCAUAAGUAUUGUCCAGAAGGAGCAACAUCCUGGUGCAAGCACCGGCGUGCUGAAGCGUUGGGUGAGCCUGCACUAACCCACACACCGCUACUGACCAAGGCCCAGGGAAAGGCAAUACUGCCGAUCUACAAGCGGCUCACCGAUGAGAAGUUGCUGGCCAGGUGCAUCCAAGGCAAAACCCAAAAUGCCGCGGAGUCAUUGAAUAGCAAGAUAUGGCUUCUGUGCCCCAAAACGAGAUUUGCCUCACGGUAUGUAGUGGAAAUGGCUACUGCCUUGGCUGUCCUCUGGUUCAACAGAGGGCACACCAGCUUUGAGCGUGUCCUCGAAGAACUAGGCGUGCUUCCAUCUGAAAGUCUGGUGGAGCUUGGCACAUCCAAAGACAUAGCAAGGCAGAAAAAAAUGUCCUUGAAGCUGACUGCGGAAGCGAGAGCAAAUCGCCGCACACUGACAAAAAAAGCACGUGUUGAGGAGUGCACUCGCAAGCGCCGUGAGGGAGAGACAUACGCUGCAGGAAGUUUCUAGUGGCAGUCGCUGUUUUAUGAACAAUUUUCUUCUUUUACAUCAAAAUUUGAUUGGAAUUCAAGCCCUCUUUUGUAAAUAAACAUGCAAUUAUAACUUCAAA